AACUGCACUUCUGUUAUCGGACAUCGCUAGAAAAUCCAACUUUUCUGCCCGCGCCGCGAAUUGUAAGAGUUUGGGGAAAAGUAUAAAAUAUCCAGAUAGAAGCAACAUAUGAUUAGCAAACAUUAAGCCAUGUCGAGCGCGUCAAAGUCGACGCCGAGCGCUGCCAGCGGGAGCUCCACGUCCGCAGCUGCCGCCGCCGCAGCCUCUGUCGCCUCAGGAUCCGCCUCGUCAUCCGCCAACGUGCAGGAGUUCAAGAUCCGCGUGCCCAAGAUGCCCAAGAAGCACCAUGUGAUGCGGUUCAACGCCACGCUCAAUGUGGAUUUCGCGCAGUGGAGAAAUGUGAAACUGGAGCGGGAAAACAACAUGAAGGAGUUCCGGGGCAUGGAGGAGGAUCAGCCCAAGUUUGGUGCUGGAUCGGAGUACAACCGGGAUCAGCGCGAGGAGGCGCGCCGCAAGAAGUUUGGCAUUAUAGCGAGAAAGUACCGUCCAGAGGCACAGCCAUGGAUCCUUAAAGUGGGUGGCAAGACUGGAAAGAAGUUCAAAGGCAUCCGCGAGGGCGGCGUAGGCGAGAAUGCAGCUUUCUAUGUGUUCACCCAUGCACCAGACGGCGCCAUUGAGGCAUACCCCUUGACCGAGUGGUACAACUUCCAGCCUAUUCAGCGCUACAAAUCGCUGUCGGCGGAGGAGGCCGAACAGGAAUUUGGUCGGCGCAAAAAGGUGAUGAACUACUUCUCCCUUAUGUUGCGAAAGCGUCUGCGCGGCGAUGAGGAAGAGGAGCAGGAUCCGGAGGAGGCUAAGCUAAUUAAGGCAGCCACCAAAAAAUCCAAGGAGCUCAAGAUCACUGACAUGGAUGAAUGGAUUGAUUCCGAGGAUGAGUCGGAUUCGGAGGACGAGGAGGAUAAAAAGAAGAAGGAGCAGGAAGACAGCGACGAUGGCAAGGCCAAGGGAAAGGGCAAGAAGGGCGCAGACAAGAAAAAGAAAAAGAGGGAUGUUGAUGACGAGGCCUUCGAGGAGUCGGACGAUGGUGACGAGGAGGGCAGAGAAAUGGACUACGACACCAGCUCCAGUGAAGACGAACCAGAUCCAGAGGCAAAGGUGGACAAGGACAUGAAAGGCGUGGCCGAGGAAGAUGCGCUCCGCAAGCUGCUUACCUCCGAUGAAGAGGAGGAUGAUGAGAAGAAGUCUGAUGAGUCGGACAAGGAGGAUGCCGACGGCGAGAAAAAAAAGAAGGAUAAGGGCAAGGACGAGGUAUCCAAGGACAAAAAGAAGAAGAAACCCACAAAGGACGACAAGAAGGGCAAGUCGAAUGGCAGCGGUGACUCGUCCACAGACUUCAGCUCUGACAGCACAGACUCCGAGGACGACCUUAGCAACGGACCGCCCAAGAAGAAGGUCGUCGUCAAGGACAAAGACAAGGAAAAGGAAAAGGAGAAAGAGAGCGCUGCGAGCAGCAAGGUCAUCGCCAGCAGCAGCAAUGCCAAUAAAUCUCGCUCGGCCACUCCAACGCUCUCGACGGAUGCCAGCAAGCGCAAGAUGAACAGCUUACCCAGCGAUCUCACCGCUUCGGACACAAGCAACAGUCCCACCAGCACGCCAGCAAAGAGGCCUAAGAACGAGAUUAGCACAUCGCUGCCCACUUCCUUCUCUGGCGGCAAAGUAGAGGACUACGGCAUCACCGAGGAGGCGGUGCGUCGGUAUCUUAAGCGAAAGCCCCUGACCGCCACCGAGUUGCUCACCAAGUUCAAGAACAAGAAGACGCCUGUCUCCAGCGACCGUUUGGUCGAGACCAUGACGAAAAUCCUGAAGAAGAUCAAUCCCGUCAAGCACACCAUCCAGGGGAAAAUGUAUCUCUGGAUCAAGUAGCCCGCAGUCAUGUGAUUUUAAUGUUUCAUAACUCAAAUGCAUUAUUGUUCAACACAAAAUAUAAACGCACCACUG